AUGACUCCUGCAGCUGCGUCCUCACUGGCCAAGUGCCUGGCCUACAGCAGGAGAGUGCUGCGGGGCUCCUUGCGAGGGGCAGCGGCGGCAGCGGGCGCCUUGGAGGCGGCGGCCGAGCCCGCGGGCCACAGCUGCGACAGCUGCAGCCUGGCCAGCACCAGCACGGAGCAGCACUGCAGCGCCGAUGGCCUGGACCCCUCCCAGCGCACCCACCACCUGCUCAAACACUGCCUGUCGCAGUCGCAGCGCGUCACCGCCCUCGCCCACUUCAACACCGCCGACCCGCGGGAGGCGGCCAAGGAGAUUGCGCGCAUGGGCCAGCGCGAGCUGCAGGCCAAGUUCAAGGCAAGCCAGGGCGCGGGGCGGGCGUGGUGCCUCGCCAGGCUCGCCGACUCACCCUGCCGCCCGCCCGCGCCGCAGGAGGUGUACGGCAGCGCCACCAAGUCCAACAACAACUCCUGGCUGCGCCGCAAGCUGUACGAGGCGGUGGGGGUGGCACCCCUCAAGGCCAACACCAAGGGCAAGGCGCGCAAGGGCGCCGGCUCCGGCUCCGGAGGCUCCCGCAAGUCGGCCCAUUCCUCCAAGGACGGCGGCGGCGCCGCCAAGGCCAGGUCUCCCAAGCUGGCUGCCAUCAAGGUGAAGCGCGGCGCAGAGGCGGCAUGCCCCUCCCCGCAGCGCCAGCACCCGCGCCUGCCGCUGUCUGGCGGCCCCCUGUCCAUCCUGGACCUGCACCAGCACUCGGCCCUCUCCAACGACACCUCCGACUCUGAGGAUGCAGACUCGCACUGCCACGCCUCCCACCCACCUCGCCCACACCACAGCUGCCCCAGCUCCCCCACUUCACCGCUGGCCUUCUGCGGCAGCGCCAUCUUUGCCAUGCAGCAGCAGGCGAUGGCGGGCAGCCUGCCGGGCCGCGGCGCGCCUGCGCAGCGCGCCUGCCCCCUGCCCCUCGCCCCCGCCGGCUUUGUGCCCGUGGCGGAGCCGCAGUCGCCGCUGGCGGGCCUGCACUGGGCCGACGGCUUCCCGGCGGCGCCGGCGCAGCAGCAGGCGGCGUCCGCGGCUGCCAGCGGGGCCGCCGCCAACUUCCUCGCCUCUGGCAGCCAGUCGCUGGCGGGCGUGGAGGCAGACCUGAAUGGCUUCUCCUCCGCCUUCAAGCCCAUGGAGCUGGAUCAGGAGCCUGGGUCUCUGUGGGAUGGGGACGCGGAGCCCCAGCCCUGGUACUUUGGCAGCGGCCUGGACCUUACAGGCCUGGCGCUGCCCAAGAGCCUGCCCAUGGGCUGCAGCGGCGGCGCGGCGACGGGCUGCGACGACGACGACGACGUGCCCCUGCUCACCCUUGACUUGGGAGCUAUUGAUGUGUCCAUUUGA